GAAGCAAAGAGCCACGCUCAUGUGCGACUACUUUGGAAACGGCGAUGGCGUGAUGGUGGUUCCAGUGACAGCCACUGAUGCAGACGGGCAACAACGACCCUCUGGCUGGCACUACAUGAGGAUGCUCCUCACGGACUCCGGCCACUACCUCCUGCCGGUGGACGACCAGCGUCAGGUCUCCAACCACACGAGAAGCGAGAUCAGCAAACAGAUGUUCACGUGGUCGUCUGAGAUCAGUCAAAAGUGGAACGAUGUACGUCACUGUUUUCUGGUGCAAGAGAACAAGCCCGGAGACAAGGACACAUGUCGGGAACGUGAGCGGUGUGAACCGGAAAACAAGGAGACCGAUGAGCCCGGGAGAACGACAGACUCGAAUCCACUGGAGACUACCACCUCGACUACCUCUGUGGCUGGUUCGCCAGCAUCGACAACAACAUCUGGCGGAUCUUCACCGUCAACGACCACAGCGACCUCGGCAACUACAGUCGAUGAAGCAAUGCCGACUUCGGUUCGAGCUGCAGACAGCUCUUUUACGACAGGCUCGAAUCCGAAGACCACCACAUCGACUACCUCUGGCGUUUUUAUUGAUGUUGCCGACACACGGUCUGGUCCUUUGAACGCAGGAGUCAGUGGUGACAUUUCUCCCACUGCACUUCCUUGCAAACCGUUUCUUGACAGCCCCACGAGCACUAGACACGGCCCAGACAUUGACUCGUGGUCGGUGGAAGACGGAUUCCUGGUGCGCCACCACAAGGUGCCUCGGCGAGUGCUGUUCACACCUCAAUGCGCUGAACAGUGCCCUGUGGAUCAUGGCGUGAUCUACAAGGAGCGGACCACCUACAUGAAGUACGUGCCGAGGAAGCACGGAGAAACGGUCAUUCAGGAUGACUGGAGGCAUGCCAAAGUGCCCAACCGUGACAUGGAGCAGCUUUGGACAGGGCGCACAGUGUUCAAGAUUGCCAAGCAGACUGGAGCUGAGACCGCUACGUCGCUGGCUACGUCUUCGUUUGGCUUGAAGGAGGAAGACUUUCCCCAUUACGAGGGCGACGCAUGGCCCUCUCAUUGGAGUGAAGCCCGCAAGGAGGCGAUGCAAGUCAAACACAAGGGAAUCCCGGAAGAAUAUUAUACCAAAACAGGGAGAAAACCAAUUACUCCCGGCAACCUGCGGCCAUGGUUGGCUGCUUCUUCGAAGCAAGGACUCCGGUGGCAGUUUUGGGAGAUGUGCUCUGGAUCAGGACGUUUGAGCUUGUUUUUGCUGACAGCUUCCGUCAUGACAGGGUUUCCCGUGGACUAUAGGUACGGCUGGGACCUGGCACAUCCUGAACAUCAGAACCUUCUUGACCUGUGCUAUCAGGAGUUCCAGCCGGCGCAUGUUUUCUGUGCUCCAACGUGUACUCCCUGGUCCAAUGCCUCUGCAGCCAAAGAUCGGGAACUUCGUGCUCAGGAACGACAACAAGAACUACCAACGCUUGAGUUCCUGCACGAGAUCUUGCUGCAGCAGCACAACCAGAACCGGGGCUUCAGUUUGGAACAGCCCUGGAGCUCAGCGAGGCUGAUUGACAGCCCGAUCGCCAGAUUGCGCGACGUGGCUGGUGUUCGAGUAUGGAGGACGGACCAGUGCAUGCUUGGAGCCCGAGACGAGAAGAACUCGCCCAUUCGCAAGACCACCGGCAUUCUCAGCAACCGACGAUGGUCCAAGGUGAUCAAGAGGUGUGACAACCAUCGCGGUCAACCCCACGGUGUUCUUCAAGGGCAAGUUCGUGGUGUCAACAGGACAACCCUGGCAGCGGUGUAUCCAAAGCGGUUGUGUCAGUUGUAUGGUCAAGACCUUUGGUCUGUCCUCCGUAAGGACAUGGCGAUGACCUACAAACCGUGGCCAAGGCAACUGCUAUGGACCCACUCUCUGUACUACUCUUGUGAGCGUUGCCAAAUGGGCCGAGCUGCACCGCCUGGCGUGGAACACAACAUGAUUCCGGGGCAAUGCAGGUAUGGACAACCUGGCAUGCGACGGGCCAGAGCGGCAGCGCCUGUUCCAGAAAUACCACAAGCACAACCAGCAGCUGCGGCGCCAACGCUACCACCUCCGACAACCACCGGGGCACCGUCGGACACUUCUUCUCCGAUUGAGGAGGCAGCCAAGGUUCUGGCCUCGCCCCAGCGCUCAGAUCUGGAAGACGCGACGGGGCCAUUCAAGUUCUUGGCUCGCAGUGGUGACUACUCGAUGAUAGCGCUGGAAUGCGAUCGCAGCGUGCCACUGGACAUGGAGCAGCGAUUGUUUCUCAAGGCAGCUUUGAUGCAGAUGCUGCGCACAUGCAUCGAUAUCUUCAACAAGCACACCUCCGUUGACUACGACCACUGGCUCGAGGACCCGAUCUUGUUACAGAUCUUUCAAGAAGUGUUCCAGCGACACAUGUCCGUCCUUGGUGUCAUGUGUUCACUGCGACCCUGGCAUCGCAAGGUUCCGGAUCCUUACCUCAGCUCUGCCUGUGCUCCCCUACGGCUACUUGUCAGUGGCAACAUGAAGCGCUGGCAGGUGCACGCUGUGGAGGACAUGCGUCUCAUGAGCCACGGCCAGCUGCACGCUGAAGUUGAUGAGGCGGACUGGCAUUUUCACUUCUUUGGCGUCAAGGAUGGUGAUCCUGGAGCAGACUUGCCAGAUCUUGGCAAUCCUGACGGUCCUCGGGGUUCUUCCUCUAAGGAGAGCGACUUCAACUUCCUCCGGAACCUCGUCGAGCAACUCUCCCCAUACAAGGCGGUUACCGUCGGAUGGGUAGUGGAACAACAGAAAGAAGCGACGGUCUGGCGCAAGGCGUUGUCUACGCGGGCAGUCGGUGGAGCUGUGAUGGGACAAGGUCUGAGAACCGUGCAUGUUCCACGAUCUUCGGUUGGAGUACUGCUGUUCUGGAACACCGACGAUCCGAAGCUUCACUGCUACGAGCACAACAAUGACAACCCCAUCAUCAUGAAAAGGGUGACUGCGGUGAAGACCGACAAGGUGCUUCCCUCCGAAGGCUAUGAUGACGAGCCAAUGAACAGUGAGAAUGGCCUGGGCGGAACCAUGAUCACGGGCGACAUGACACCCUCAAGGUCCGACGUGUCGAUGUCACCAACCUCACCUACUACCAGCACAAGUGACCAAACAAUGCCCGAUGCGGGUUCCGACGUGGAACACUCUGGGAAACGAAAGGGACCCGACAGCCGUACUGUGGUGCUAGCUCCAGAGACGAAGAGGAGCAAGAUUGAGGAGCUCCUCUCCCUGGUCGGCUCGAACCAGGUGCACACGAUAUCCCAGCACAACCUCAUCAACUUGUACUGGGUGAUGCACUGGACUCAGGCCGUGCCACUGGAGUACCUGGCUAUCUGGCAGUCCUUCGAGAACUCGGUCUACAUUGCCCAGUGGGAUGACUACAUGAGCAGGCUGGGCAAUAGCAGGCUGGGCAAUUGCAGCACCGUCGAGGAUGCCACGCCGAGGCAUGAUUAUUUGUUCGUGUGGCCCGGCAAGGUGAACCGCGAGCUCUAUGCGGACCUUCAGCAUGGUGGAGUUUUACAACGAGGGCGACCACAAGCUCACUAUGCGAGCAUUCCACGACUUCCUUCAGUUGAUGAAGGACACUUCGAUAUGACGGACAAGGAGUUGAUCAAGGAAGUGGCUACUUUGGCCGCCGCGUCGUACAUGGCCGCUGAGAAGACGCGCUUUGUUUGGACUGCGCUCAUCAUGAGCACGAUGCUGCCAACUGCUACAGCGACUUCUACGACUACUGCGACUUCAACGAGCUCCACGGCAUGGGACGACAUGACAUGGUUGUUCACCAUGGUUAUUGGCGUGAUCAUUGCAGAGCGAUUAUUGAUGCAGUCGUUUCGACUCUGGUGGCGACAUCUCUUUGGUACCACGACCUCGGCGUCUACUACCUCUACACCGGUGGACAUGGACGUGGAUAACAGUGACGACCAGAUGGAUGUGGAUGAAGCAUGCAUCGCAGACACCGCACCUGUUCCCGACACUACCGAGCUCAACGGGAUCAAGGCGGAACUCGAGUACUACAA